ACCCGGUUUAGUCUACCGCUGGAUCAUCCAGAACUUCCGCGAUGCUGCUCCUGCCAGCGCUCAGUCCCAGCGUGCUGCUGUGGUCGUUGGCCGCCGCCCUGCUGUUGUAUCGGUUCUACCGGUUCCUGUACGACCGGCCAAACUUCCCGAAAGGACCUCCCCGGUUACCCCUGGUCGGCGGAUACGGCAUCAUGCUGAUGCUCAACUACCGCCACAUGCACAAAGCGGUGGACAGUUUGUGCCGGUACUACGGAACGAAAAUUCUCGGCAUCUACCUCGGAAGCUUCCUGGCGGUGGUCGUCCAUGACUACGACAUUGUGCGCGAGGUGAUGAACCGGCCGGAGUUUGACGGUCGCUCGGACAUGUUCCUGAACCGGUUGCGCGAGCGGAACUUCCUCCGGCGGGGCAUCUUCUUUACCGACGGGGCCAAGUGGAAGGAGCAGCGUCGGUUCGUGCUGAGACACCUCCGCGAUUACGGCUUCGGACGGCGCUUCCAGGAACUGGAGGAGGUCGCACGGGAUGAAAUCCGAACCCUGCUGGAAACGAUCCAGUACGGGGCCAAGUGGGAGCACGAGAAAACGUUUGCCGUGGAGGGCGGAGGGUACGCGUUGUGCGCGGAAGCAUUCUUCGGAUGUUUGGCAAAUCUGUACCUGCAGGUUAUUUGCGGCGAGAGAUUCCCGCGGCAGGAGAUGGGCGUGCUGUUUGAAACCGCUUAUUAUGCGCAGCACUUCCAGCAGAAGGGAGACGAUUUCGGAACCAUUCUCAGCUACGUGACCUGGUUGAAGGACUACUUCCCAGAGGCAACAAACUACCGCGUGCUGCGCGAGGCCAAUGCCAAAAUGAACGACCUGGUCGAGUCCAUCAUAGAGCGGUACCAGAAAUCGUACGAGGAAGGCCACAUCCGGUGCUUCCUAGAUCAGUACAUCCGGGAGAUGAAAAAGUGCGCUCCGCUCGAGGGACAGUCGUUUACUUUUCAAUAUGAUCAACUGGUUAUGAUCCUGGCGGACUUUCUUCUACCCACGUUUACCGGAACGGCCUACCAGCUGUCGAUGCUGCUCGAGCGAAUGAUCCUCAAUCCGCACGUGGCAGCCAAGGUGAAGCAGGAAAUCGACAACGUUUGUGGCCGUGGCCGUCUUCCAACGCUGGAUGACCGCUGCCAGAUGCCCUACACCGAGGCGACUCUGCGAGAAGAGCUGCGCAUCGACACGCUAGUUCCUUCGGGAGUGGCCCACGUGGCCCUCGAGAACACCACCCUGCGGGGAUACAACAUUCCCAAGGACACGGUGCUCAUGAUUGCCCUCGAUGCCAUUCACCAUCAAGAGGACGUAUGGGGAGAUCCGAACAACUUCCGGCCAGAACGAUUCUUGGAUGUCGGAGGACUCUCGCUGGCCAAGGACCGUUCGAUACCGUUCGGAGCCGGGAAGCGAUUAUGCGCUGGAGAAACCUUUGCACGGAAUUCAAUGUUUCUGAUGUUUUCCGCUCUGAUGCAGAACUUUGACAUCAAGGUACGGCCCGGAGAUCCACUGCCGGAUGUUACCAAGCGGUUGACCGGAGUGGUCAUCUCGUCGGAACCGAUUUGGCUCAAGUUCGAGCCGAGAUAGGCCAAACUUCGAAUGUAAAAAGUACAAAGAGUUGUCUUACCUUGUAGUCAGCAAAAUGUUGCUUCUGGAGCUAGAAUCACGAUAUUUCACUAAUAAAGUGUAUUAUUAAAAAACUUUUAA